GUGAUGACGUAAGCGUUGUGUCAUCCGUGACGAUUCCAGGCUUUAGCGUCGACCACAGGCAACAGGAGAAGUUUCACACGGCUCCUGAACAUGGCUCUAAAUCGGAACCAUUCGCAAAACGGCGGAGUUUUGAUCAAUAACGGAGAAAGUGUCUUAAGACAAUGUAAGAAUGUGGAGCUGUCAUUCAGCGAUGUCUCCUGCAAGACUGAUCUGCUGAAGGGGACCAAGAAAGGCACCAUUUAUCUAACUCCAUACAGGCUGAUGUUCGUGUCCAGCAACAACAAGGACUGCUUAGGCUCAGCCAUGUUCCCCUACUAUCUGAUGAAGGGCUGCAGCAUUGAGCAACCAGUGUUUGGCGCCAACUACAUAAAAGGCACCGUGUCGGCUGAGCCUGGUGGCGGCUGGGAAGGUCCGGCUCAUUUCAAGAUGUCAUUUCCCAGCGGAGGAGCCAUUGAAGUGGGGCAGCAUCUUUUCAAACUGGCCACAAAUGCAUCCCGUGCUGCUCCGGCCCAGAAUGGGGCUCCUGCCUAUGGUUACCCCUCACCAGGAAUGGUGAACGGGUACGGUCCGCCUCCACCGGCUCCUCCCGGCUAUCCUUAUCCGCCCCCUCCCCAGCAGAAUGGAUUCUACCAGGGUCCUCCCCCUCCCACUGCUCCUGGCAAUAUGGGCUACCCCUAUCCAACAGCAGCAGCAGGAAUGUACCCAUCUGGAUUCGACUACAUGGCCCCGCCCCCUCCUUACCCUGGGCCACCUCAGAACUGGGCUCCACCCCCUCAGAACUGGACCGCCCCCCCACCUCCUGCAGGUAACUCGAAGGCGGCCGAAGCGGCAGGCAGCGCGUAUUAUAAUCCCAGCAAUCCGCACGCCGUCUACAUGCCCGCGGAGCGGCCUCCACCGUAUGCACCUUACCCGAACUCCCCCGACAAGAAGAAAGACUGAACACCUUCAUGGCACUCCUAUUGCUUCCCCAAAUUAGAUUCCGAGGCGAGUGAAGUUGAUGGAAAAACUGCUUGGUUGAUUAAAAACUGAAGGCUACUGGCACAAUCAGUGAUAUCUCGGCGUAACUGUGUCUUUGAUAUUCUGUCAUUAUAAAACCGACCAUCUUAACUUUUACUUACAUUUUCAGAUAGGAAAUGCGUUAUUUUCUUAAUAAUUCCCAAACACCUAGACUUAUAAAAUGCAAAAUAAACAUAUAAAUGAAACAUUUUCUGCCGAUUUGAUUGCGGUUCCUGAAGAAAAUUCCACACAAAAAACACUUUUGUAUAACAUCACAGCAAAUACUGAGUUUUUUUUUCUUUUUUUUUGUGUGUGUGUGUGUAUUAACAUAUAGCAAAUAUCGACAACUUAAUCUAUUAUGAAUGUGUACUUUGUACUCAUUUAAAUAAGAUAAAAUAGCUUAAUUUUCAGCUCUUGUUCUCAUAAUGUUGUGUUUCUUUAAGAUGGUUUAAGAUGAUAAAAAGCAGUGCAAUGUUUGGGCUAAAGAGGAUUCUUAAAGAUUUCGUAUGUGUGUGCAAUCUCUGCAAAUCCAAGCUAACACCAGAACUCCAGUUAUUACACUAGUGCAGGGCUACAUGGCCUAGUUCAAGGCUGAUGAGUGAUUGCUGCUGUUGAUUCUUCUGAGUGCAAAGCGUUGGUUGCUGGUUAAUAGCAUUAAGGGGCCAGCAGGCUAUAUAUCUUCCUUAGUGUGCAACAGUUACAGUUUGUUUGAUGGAUUAUUUGCACACAGAUGUAGUAAGUAGAUACUUUACCCAGUUUAAUCAAAUGUCUGUAUUUUAAUACCUUUUUGCAGUUCUCUUUCUUUCUGCUAAAUUUUGUUCCAAUUUAAAUCUAAUAAAUGAUUCAUAUAUUAAAGCUAAA